GCCAAACUGCCGGGUAGUUCUGAGAAUCUUUUGUGUAUAUAAGAGACGAAUGUGCUUGGUACAUUGCAUAUCCAAAUAGGGGGGAAGACACCUCAGAGAUACACAGACAUAAGCGAGGAGGAUGGCAAAGCAAGGUGUAGACUUCGGAGUGGCGCUGGUCCUUGUUGCCCUCGCAGCAUUUCCAGCAGUGCACUCCAUCGGCGUCUGCAACGGCGUGCUCGGCAGCGACCUGCCGGCGCCGAGCGACGUCGUGAAGCUCUACCAAUCCAAGGGCAUCAACGCCAUGCGGAUCUACGAGCCGGAGGGCAACGUCCUCAAGGCGCUCAGUGGCACGGGCAUCGCCGUCCUCAUGGACGUCGGCAAGGCGCUACCCAGCCUCGCCUCCAGCAGCUCCGCUGCGGCCGCCUGGGUAAAGGCCAACGUCUCCUCCUUCCCGGGCGUCUCCUUCCGCUACAUCGCCGUCGGCAACGAGGUCAUCGACAGCGCCGGCCAGAAGACCAUCCUCCCGGCCAUGAGGAACGUACAACGGGCGAUCGUGGCCGCCGGCCUCGGCGGCAGCGUCAAGGUGUCGACUUCCGUGCGGUUCGACGUGGUCAAGGACACUUCUCCGCCCUCCAACGGUGUGUUCGCGGACACAUCAUUCAUGGGGCCCAUCCUUGAGUUCCUGGCGAGCACCGGCGCACCGCUGCUGGUCAACGUCUACCCCUACUUCGCCUACGAGAAGGACCCGAAGAACAUCCAGCUCAACUUCGCUACUUUCGUGCCAGGCAGCACCACCGUGAACGACAAGGGGCUGACAUACACGAACCUGUUCGACGCCAUGGUCGACUCCAUCUACGCCGCGCUGGAGAAAGCCGGCAAGCCCGGGGUUAAGGUGGUCAUAUCCGAGAGCGGGUGGCCGUCGGACGAAGGUUUCGGGGCGACGGCGCAGAACGCGCGGACGUAUAACCAGGGGUUGAUCAACCACGUCGGCAACGGCACGCCCAAACGACCCGGGCCGUUGGAGACGUACAUUUUCGCCAUGUUCAACGAGAACCUGAAGGACGGGGAGAAGAGCGAGAAGCAUUUUGGGCUGUUCAAUCCGGACACCUCGCCGGCCUAUUCCAUUACUUUCUGAGUGCGACAAGCGUCGGAUUCCGUCGGCGUCUGCAACGGCGUGAUCGGCAACAACCUGCCGGCGCCGAGCGACGUCGUGAAGCUCUACAAGUCCAAGGGCAUCAACGCCAUGCGGAUCUACGAGCCGGAGAGCAAGGUCCUCAAGGCGCUCAGCGGCACGGGCAUCGCCCUCCUCAUGGACGUCGGCAACGGCGCGCUAACCAGCCUCGCCAACGACCCCUCCGCCGCGCCCGCCUGGGUCAAGGCCAACGUCCAGCCCUACCCGGGCGUCUCCUUCCGCUACAUCGCCGUGGGCAACGAGGUCAUGGACAGCGCCGGCCAGAAGACCAUCCUCCCGGCCAUGAAGAACGUACAAGCGGCGCUCGCGGCCGCCGGCCUCGGCGGCAGCGUCAAGGUGUCCACGUCGUUGCGGUUCGACGUGGUCACCGACACCUUCCCGCCCUCCAACGGCGUGUUCGCGGACCUUGACUACAUGGGGCCAAUCCUGGACUUCCUGGCGAGCACCGGCGCGCCGCUUCUGGCCAACGUGUACCCCUACUUCGCCUACAAGGGCGACCCGCAGAACAUCAAGCUCAACUACGCCACCUUCGUGCCUGGCACCACCGUGAACGAUGACGGCAACGGCCUGACCUACACGAACCUCUUCGACGCCAUGGUCGACUCCAUCUAUGCAGCGCUGGAGGACGCCAACAAACCGGGGGUGAAGGUCGUCGUCUCCGAGAGCGGGUGGCCGUCGGCCAGCGGGUUCGGGGCGACGGAGCAGAACGCGCAGGCGUACAACCAGGGGUUGAUCAAACAUGUCGGCAAUGGCACGCCCAAGAGGUCCGGGCCGUUGGAGACGUACGUGUUCGCCAUGUUCAACGAGAACCUGAAGACAGGGGAACCGACAGAGAACCACUUUGGGCUGUUCAAUCCGGACAAGUCGCCGGCCUACUCCAUUAGUUUUUGAGCACACGACAAACCCUGGAUAUUUUGCGUCCGAAUAAGCUGCGUGCUAAUGCAAAAUGCAUGCACUUCAGUCAACCACUCGUGUGUGUGUGUUCAAAAAAUCUCUUAAAUCUCCAUGAAAACUAUAAAAAAGAAAAGAAUAGGAUUGAAUUCCACCUUUUACAUGCCA